AACCAACACAUGCCUUUUGGCCACCUACUCUCGCUUCUCGCGAUACUCGACUAACCGGAUGUUGUUGUUUUUGGGGUUCGGGGCUCGUCCGAGGGUCCGCGGCGUAGCGCUUCUUCGGCGCGGCGGCGUUUCUGGUGUCUCCGCUACGGAGGGAUCGUGUUCCCGCCCCGGCCCGCGCCGCCAUGGAGGACUUUGACGAGAUCUACGAGGAGGAGGAGGAGGACGAGGACGACGAGGACGAGGAGCGUGCGGCCGAGGAGCAGCUGCUCAAGUGCGCGCCAGAGCCGGUGGUGGUGCGCGGAUCGGGGCACGUCACAGUGUUUGGACUCAGCAACAGGUUCGAGUCCGAAUUCCCGUCGUCCCUCACGGGAAAGGUGGCGCCAGAGGAGUUCCGAGCCAGCAUGUCGAGGGUGAACGGCUGCCUGAGGAAGACGCUGCCGGUGAACGCGCGCUGGCUGCUCUGCGGCUGCCUGUGCUGCUGCUGUUCCCUGGGCCUCAGCCUGUGGCCGGUCGUGUGCCUCAGCAAGAGGACACGCCGUUCCAUCGAGAAACUUCUGGAAUGGGAAAACAGCAGGCUCUACCAUAAGCUGUGCCUCCACUGGAGCCUGAGCAGAAGGAAGUGUGAGAGUAGCAACAUGAUGGAAUAUGUCAUCCUCAUUGAGUUCCUCCCGAAGACUCCGAUCCUCCGGCCAGACUAACCGCACCCUCAACUUGUCCCGCGAGUUCUUCCGCUGGUGCCUUCCUCAGUUCUGUUCAGUUGAGGCGUUCACUCACAGAGACCUUCCUGCCUUGGACUGGUGGCUUCUUCUCGUUCUUCUUACAGAUGGGGUUUUUUUCUUCACUUCACCUCAACAUGCUGUGUUUGUUCCUCCGGUUCCCCUGUCCAGCAGAUAGUCAGACUGUGGUGUGACAAAAUGGGCUGGAGCCUCUGAACUGCAGUAAUGUGUCAGAGAAGGAUGUUUGUCUUCACCGCCUCAUCUCAAAACGCCAUUUCUGUCUAAUGGCUCUUUGUGCAAAAUUUACCCAAGAGACCAAAUGGUUUGACAAAUGGACCUGGUGUGACAAGCAAAAGGGUGUUUUCUUCUUAACUAAAAAUGCUUUGUUUUUGGACCUGCUGCGCCCCUUCGUUGCUCUCAAAGUGAUUUUAGAUAUGAGUGACGUGAAGAUAACUUUCUCUUUCUACUUCUGCGAAGGAGCAAUGACUUAUGGAAGGACAUCUCUACAUUUGUCCAUGUCUCACCAGCUUCUCUCAGGCUGUGGCCCACAGAGAUGAUCAGAGUCAACAAACAGCUGGUGUUUCUUCUGCGUGUGUCAAAUUCUGAACAGUUUCAACAAAUGACAUUUGGGCCAAAAAAUAAAGUUGUGAAAAAGUU